AUGGCAAUGUCUACUGACUCCUCCGCUGGGGAAACCCCCUCCAUCCGCAUCCUCACCCUCAACUGCUGGGGCCUCAAAUAUCUCGCCACACACCGCCACGCCCGCCUCUCCCAAAUCGGCCACCAACUAGCCACCUCCAACCCGCCCCCCGAAAUCGUCGGCCUACAAGAAUGCUGGACGCAACAAGACUACGAAUCCAUCCACCACCAAACUCAACACAUCCUCCCCUAUGGCAAAUUCUACUACGGCGGCAUCUUCGGCGCCGGCCUCGCCAUCCUCUCCAAAUGGCCCAUCGAAGAAAGCAGCAUGUACGGAUACCCGCUCAACGGCCGGCCAACAGCGUUCUUUCGCGGAGACUGGUACGUUGGGAAGGGUGUUGCUUGCGCACGGGUUCGGUUUGGGAAGGGGGUCGGUGAUGUGGCGGAGGUGUUUUGUACGCAUUUGCACGCGCCGUAUGAGAAGGAGCCACACGAUUCGUAUAUCUGUCAUCGGACUGCGCAGGCGUGGGAGAUUGCGAAGUUGAUGCGGGGUGCGGCGGAGCGCGGGCAUUUGGUUAUUGGGUUGGGGGAUUUUAAUAUGGUGCCGAGUUCUUUUGCGCAUAUGUUGAUUCGUGCGCAUGCGCCGGUGCAGGAUGUGUGGCAAGUUUUGCAUCCGGAGUCGUCGGUUGCUGCGGCGGUGGAUCCAGUUGAGAAGAAACGGGGGAAACCCAUACCAACAGCUGAAUUCAAUCUGCUUGAGAACGGUGCUACUUGUGAUGGAAAGUAUAAUACGUGGCGCUGGUCGAAGGCGGACCAAAAACGGUUGGAUAAGGGGGAGGAUACCGGUGUUGAUAAGGAUGCGCCUUGUCCCCGUGGGAAACGGCUGGAUUAUAUCUUCGUUGGUGAUGGGGGAUAUCCGCCUUCAUUCCCGGAACCGAAAUGGGCUAUCGAGUCUGCAAGGAUUGCCAUGACAGAGCGCCAUCCGACAUUGCGCUGUUCGCUGAGUGACCAUUUCGCCGUGGAAGCUGUCGUGACCCGCCGCAGGCCAGAUUCAUCGAACAGUGAAUCCACACAGGAGCAGGAACAGAAGCACCGUACACUCUCCCCCAACGCCGUCCUGGCACCGGACACCUACGACCGCAUCCUCGAGAUGAUCCACAAGUACAAUCUCCGGGAACGUUCGCAGCGACGCUGGCGAAUGGCGCAUUUAAUUCUUUCCGUGAUUGUGUCGAUUGGCUGUUUUGUUGGAGCCUGGUGGACGGGUGGCCUGUCGUAUGUGGCGUUUAUAUUGGUCCUGGUUAGUACGCUGAGCUUCGGGGCGGGUAUUCUGGAUGGCUUGAUUGGGGGGUUGUUUGUAUCGAGUGAGUUGCGGGCGCUUAAGGAGUUUGAGUGGGAGGUUCGGAACGCGAAGAGGAUUGUUGAACAAUCCAAGGGGGUGUAA